GCCUGCGGCGCAUGCGCAGGGCCGGCAGCCCGCGAGACCUGAUCUCGGUUCGGCCGCGCGAGAUCUUCUAGACUUCUUCCUCCCUCGGACCGGCUUUCCUUCGGUGCCGCUUCCGGGAUGCCCCCACCGGUUCUGGGUUGACCGGUACCCGUUCUCUCCCGCUACGCUCCCGGGUCCCCAGACUCCAUUUACAGGCCGGUGGCUUGCGGUGGAACCUCCUCGUCCCCACCCCACCCCCAUCUCGGAGAGCGCGCGCCCCCUUGCCCCCCAGGAACUAAUCAGCAGCCGCCUUAGGUGCCAUAGGUGACCAUGUCUGAGUCUGGGCACAGUCAGCCUGGGCUCUAUGGGAUAGACAGGCGGCGGCGGUGGAAGGAGCCAGGCCCUGGCGGCCCCCAGAAUCUCUCCGGGCCUGGCGGUCGGGAGAGGGACUACAUUGCACCUUGGGACAGAGAGAGACGGGAUGGCAGCGAAGAGACAAGCACGGCGGUCAUGCAGAAAACCCCCAUCAUCCUCUCAAAACCUCCAGCAGAGCGGUCAAAGCAGCCACCGACUCCAACGGCCCCUGCCACCCCGCCUGCCCCAGCCCCUCUUGAGAAGCCCAUUGUCCUCAUGAAGCCACGGGAGGAGGGGAAAGGGCCUGCGGCCACAGCGAGUGCCUCCACCCCCGAGGGCACUGCCCCACCACCCCCUGCAGCCCCUGCGCCACCCAAGGGGGAGAAGGAGGGGCAGAGACCCACACAGCCUGUGUACCAGAUCCAGAACCGGGGCAUGGGGACUGCCGCGCCAGCAGCCAUGGACCCUGUCGUGGGCCAGGCCAAACUGCUGCCCCCAGAGCGCAUGAAGCACAGCAUCAAGUUGGUGGAUGACCAGAUGAAUUGGUGCGACAGUGCCAUUGAGUACCUGUUGGAUCAGACUGAUGUCUUGGUGGUUGGUGUCCUGGGCCUCCAGGGGACAGGCAAGUCCAUGGUUAUGUCGUUGUUGUCAGCCAACACUCCUGAGGAGGACCAGAGGGCCUAUGUCUUCCGGGCCCAGAGCGCCGAAAUGAAGGAACGAGGGGGCAACCAGACCAGUGGCAUUGACUUCUUUAUUACCCAGGAGCGGAUCGUUUUCCUGGACACGCAGCCCAUCCUGAGCCCCUCCAUCUUGGACCACCUCAUCAACAACGACCGCAAGCUGCCUCCAGAGUACAGCCUGCCCCACACCUACGUAGAGAUGCAGUCUCUCCAGAUCGCGGCCUUCCUCUUCACGGUCUGCCACGUGGUGAUUGUCGUCCAGGACUGGUUCACGGACCUCAGUCUGUACAGGUUCCUCCAGACAGCAGAGAUGGUGAAGCCCUCCACCCCGUCCCCCAGCCAUGAGUCCAGCAGCUCGUCAGGCUCCGAUGAAGGCACUGAGUACUACCCUCACCUGGUCUUCCUGCAGAACAAAGCUCGCCGGGAGGACUUCUGCCCUCGGAAGCUGCGGCAGAUGCACCUGAUGAUUGACCAGCUCAUGGCCCACUCCCACCUGCGGUACAAGGGUACGCUGUCCAUGUUACAGUGCAACGUCUUCCCUGGGCUCCCACCUGACUUCCUGGACUCCGAGGUCAAUCUGUUCCUGAUGCCCUUCAUGGACAGCGAGGCAGAGAGUGAAACCCCCCCGAGAGCAGGACCCAGUUCCAGCCCACUCUUCUCCCUGCUGCCUGGGUACCGAGGCCACCCCAGCUUCCAGUCCUUGGUGAGCAAGCUCCGGAGCCAAGUGAUGUCCAUGGCCCGGCCGCAGCUGUCACACACGAUCCUCACCGAGAAGAACUGGUUCCACUACGCCGCCCGGAUCUGGGACGGGGUGAAAAAGUCCUCCGCCCUGGCAGAGUACAGCCGCCUGCUGGCCUGAGGCCAAGGGGAGGAAUGUCUCGCAGAGAACCCCCUUCCGGGCCCCCAGUGGAUGGCGAGGGGCACCCACCUCCUCUGCCCGCGGGGCGGAGAGUGGCAGCAGGCCUGAUGGACAAGGGACCGUGACUUCCUCACCUGGGGACACGAGAUGUCCAGGGCCAGGCCCCCAUCCUCAAGGGAGUGUUGUUCAGGGGGUGACUUUGAGAUCCCGCCCCCAGCCUGGACGAGGUAGCCCGUCAUCAGCCCCCACACGGACAGGCGGCGGGAGAAGCCUGAGUGGUCACCAGGAAGCCCAGGCUCCGUGUCGGCCUCCCUCUGUAGGGACAGGAGCAGCAGGUCCCUCUGUCCUGACGCCAGGCCCCUGCCUGGAAGGUGAGGCAGGGUCUGGGAGCUCUUUAUUGGGGCAGAUCUGGUGGCUGGAAUAAAAACAGUCAUGCAA